AUGCAACCAUUGAAAGUUAACAUUUCACCAAAUACUUACUCAGUAAACAUUGAAUCUAAUCCGCCCAUCAAAAGACUUUAUCGUAAUGAUGAAGCGUCUACUUGUGAAGCACGCUUUUUAUCUAACAAUGAUGCUAAGCGACGUGUAACUCAGUCAUCUGAUUUUCAUUGGUGUCUUACAGAUAGUUGUUGCAAUUCCGCUCUACUUGUAUCAAAGUUCCCAGAGUUUUGUCCUGUAAAAAUUGGAAUGAUUCAACACACAUCAGCUGAUACAAAUGAUAGUGCUCAUUUGGACCAAACUGAUCGUUCUGAUUCAAAUGAAUUCUUAUUUCAAAAUUACCCUAUAUUACAAGAAAAAUAUGGGAUAAAUAUACAUAUUCCUAGACAGAGCUUCUGUCUUAUAUAUGUAAAUGGGCGUCAUAUUCAAAUGUUUACUUAUAAUUGGACAAAAGAAGAAGCUGAACGUAUGUCAAACCGCUUACUAUUAUCUGUUGAAUGGUAUAAUCAACGUUAUCAGCUUUUAUGUUCACUAUCAUUUCAAAAGUUGGGCUUAUUUCAUGCGAUCAGUAAUUCAGCUUUUCGCGGUUGUGCUGCUCGUGCUAUGGAUUUGAUACGAAAUACAUGCCCUCCUGAGUUAAACAUUGGUACGGAUUCUCCGUGUACAGCAGUUAGUCAGACUUCAAGUAAUUUAUAUAAUACUUCGCCUUUAUCGUCAGUUUCAUCUACACCCAAUGCUCAAAUUUCUGUAUCAAGUAUUUCUAUGAAUAUUCUAUCAGCUGUGACUUCCAUUGCUCGCAGGCGAAAUGUAACACCAUCUACAGUUGAUAUGAAUACUAACUGUAUUAACAGCAGUAAUAUUUUUCACACUCCUUCCUCACCCGCCUUUCAAACUCAUUCGUCAUCUCUUCAUGGAACAAACAAUUCACGGAUGGAAUUUAAGGAACAUAAGAGUAUCAACAACUUCUUACGACUGUUUCAAGACUGUGGUUAUAUACCGCCUUUGAUACCACCUAGUAAUCCAAACUUACCGUACAUUGAUAUGUUACAACGGCACAGUGAGCAAGCCUUAACGCUAAUGCAUGCUGAUAUUCGGCGGUCUCAGUAUAUCGAAUUGUUCAGUGAAUAUUUUAGAAAUUGGCAAGAAGGUGGUAAAAACAAUACAGCAAAUAAAGAGUCAAAUCCAGUAAAAGCUAUACCAGUGAACAAGGAUACUGGACAGAAGUUUUCUCAUUCUAAGUCUGCAGUGGGAUCUGCUAAGGAACUUCUGCCCAGUGAUCAAUUGUUCAAACGGCUACAACGUUAUUCGGCUAUUAAACAAGCUUGUCGUCACUUGCACACCAUAUGUACUCCCAUAUUAUUUUGUCCUAAUACACGUUCAAAAGUUGUGCAGCUAAUCAAAGAAGAAGAAAAUGCUAUGAAUAAAACAGCUCAGUUAUACUUCAGUUCUAUUUCACGUCAUUCUUCUGCAGCUACACCUACGGACAUCACCGUUACUUCUGCCAAUAAUACUGAUUCUACCAUUUCUGAUUUAAUAGUACAUAAGGAAAUAGGUGAUUCGGAUAAAAUGCAUUAUCAUACCGAACAAGCUACAAACCAGUGUAAAUCCAGUGAAAAUGAAUCGGGCUCUUCAAAGGAUUUUUCUGUAAAGUCAACUCCUGUUAGACUAAAACAAGUAUCGGACGCCGGUGGGAGUCGUUUUUUAUCCCCGUGGCUAAGUUGGUCACACAAUUCAGCUACUCCGGGUAAUCUUGAUGACACAAAUAUACUUUCAACGGAUAUCUUACUUGCUGAUAACAAUUCAUGUGCUGACAAUUCGCAUCAUCACGAUAGUUGUUUUACUUCCGUCUUAAACUUCAAUAAUUGGUUACGUCGUGUAGCUCACCAAUUUCUAAUGAAAUAUUCUCAAUAUUUGCAACAAGAAGUAGGCUUUCAUUCAAUACCAAUUUUCAAUAGUUCCGUUUCAUUAAAUAGACGUGAACAGGCAGCAAAACCUUAUAUUAACUAUGCAUUGUUUCGUCGUUCUAUACACUUGGCUGGAGUACAUAUAAUUGAGCUUUUUGUCCGCGAUUUUCAUCUGUUCGUUAGAUUGGGUACUAUCGAAGUUAGUCGUUUUAGCUGGCAUGCUUCACGUUCUGUAACACUUGGGCCGUAUACAUCCGAAGUGAUUUCUCAAACGGCAGCAUCAGCUGCAGCCAGUAUGACAUCAGUUAUGUUCAAUGCAGUUUUUCGUCGAAAUAUGGAGAGGUCAUUUCGUUCGCCUAGUGCUAAUUCUUCUUUUAAUAUCAUAACUAGUCCAUCAGAUGGGAAGUAUUCUGAUUGGUUUGAGUAUAGUAGUAAUCUUUCGUGGAACGAAUCAAGUAAACUAUGUGACUACACACAUCUCCAUUCAUUUUCGUACGACUUUCAUUUGCGUGCAAUUCAAGAUUAUUUAGAAAAUCGACGAUGCUUUCAACGAAGUCAGUGUUCUGAUGCAUCACGUAGACAAACUAGUGCAGUUGGAAGCGUAUAUUCUAAUGUGAUUACUAUUCCCGACUACCCUGUCACAAAAUUUCUAGAAGAUUUAACCUGUAUUGCUAAAAAAUUACCACUCUUUUCUCGGGGUUACUUAUGUUGCUUUCCUGUUACAUGCCACGUUAGUUUAUGUCUGCGACCAGACCAAGUUUUUCAUCAUCUUAUCGAAGAACAUGCUUCCUACGGUGUAGAUAUUCUACGCAUGACUAGACGGGAAUAUAGUGCUUCCCAAACGAAUCCACCAUAUAACAAACAUUUAUCAUAUAAUUUUGCUUUAGUUGAGCAAUGUCAUCCUGAACAGGAAUCUGGAUGUUGUAGUUCACGUUCAACCAGUUCAGAUCAUCAUUCAAAAUAUCAACCAUGUUCAAAUUUAAGAAUGUCUUCUGAAUCGAAUUCUUCCUCUACCACUAACAGUAAAGAUCAGUCUUGUAAAUUUUCCGCUUUGGGAAUAGCUAGUGCACAUCACAUUGUUGAGAAUUUAACAAAGCUUGAUAGUGAACUUUCUAAUAGACAGUCAAUAUCCCAACCUUAUUCAGUAACAGGAAUUGUUGUUCCUGAUGAAGUUAACGGAACCUAUUCGGAUAUUAGAUCACCAGUAGAUGGAUCUAUUACAAAUAGACUACUUCAUUUGGUUGUAUAUCUAAUUAUUCUAGAUUCAAAACACGAAUUUCCAGAAUCUAGACUUGCAAAAUUAAAUUCAAGUUCAUGUACACAAUGUCCAGUUGAUUGGCCAGCUAUUCGCCCUUGCGUUGAUCCGUGUUCAUUUACAUAUCAACCAACCCUUGUCAAUCGGAUACCUAAACCAUUUGGCAUUGAGGAUACAGAUAUUUCUAGUUUGACAGCGGAACGACAAUGUCAAAAUCUGAAUAUCUCCCCUACGGACUCUGGCGACUAUAGAAGAUUUUCAAAGCACUCUGAAAAUACUUUCGACAGCGAUGUACGAUGGCACAUGUCCUACUUAAGUAUGUGUCCUUCUCAUCAAGUUCAAUUACAUCGUGUACUUCGAAUAUCUCAAUCCAAUUUAGAAUCUCGGAUAACACAAUUAAUUGGUCGGUCUGGCGUUGAUUGUCAUAAGAAUCUACUCUGGUAUAAACUGUUCGAUACAAAUUCUUCUCUGGCUACUCAGAUUCUUUCGACGAAUAGUCGUUCUUUGUCCCAAGAUGCUGUUGAAACCAACUGUCGAGUGGAAGACGCUUCAUCUAUUUCUUUAGGCACCAACCUGAACCCGGUAGAUAGUUACCUAUGUCCUGUUCUGAACCAUCAGAGUCUGUCAAUGCGAGAGAUAGAAGAAUUAGUUGAUUCUGCACCAUUUCAGCUGGAUAUUCUACGUUUGGAUCCUCGUUUAAUUGAAUUGUUUAAUGUUGGUGGUUGCCAUUUGAACUCUGUCAGUGUAUUGUUAAACAAAGAAUUUAUUGAUUUACAGCAGAGUAGUCACCAUCAAAUUGACCAGAUGAAAUUGACUAUCAGUUCAAAAUUAUAUAAAUAUUCUACAUCGGAAACUAUACCAUGUAUAGCCUACCGAUUUAGUCAUUCAGUUGAAAGCAAAUUGGAUGAAGUAUCAAAUACCGAUCGUCAAUGUACAAAAAUUAUAUGUUGGUGUGAAAGUAGUAAUGAUGAAUGUGUUCUAGAUGAAUAUUCUACAGUUUACACAUCUUGUCCUAUGAAAAAUACGUACUCUAAUGGUGUUGGUACUAGGAAAAGUAGUUGUUUUAUAGAUGCCAGUGAGAACAAUCCAAAAACACCCCAAAGUCAUCAUAUGGAAAUAAGAAACCAUAAAUAUAAAGAUUUUCAAUUUCGUGCAGUUUUUCGAGCUGUUGGUGAUCCAACCAAUCCGUCGUCAAUGCGCCGGUUAAUUGAUUCAGGUAGUGAAAUACAGAAUUUAUUUUUUAAAACGUCAACACUAGCUCUAGUAGCCACUAAUUUCAUUGAGAAACUCAGUUUUUUCGUUUGGAAAACAUUGCACAAUUAA